CUCUCUCUCUCUCUCACCUCCAAAUCAAAACUAACACAAAUAUAUAGAAAAAUAAAAAGAAAGAACCCUAAUUUCCUUCUUCUCAACUCUCUCUUUCUCUCUUUCUCUGGGACACCAACCAACCAACCCCCCGGAUAAAUGAUCAGAGAAUUCAGAUUCUUUUCUGGGUUUUGUUUGCCAUUUAACACUGAGCCUAUGGUUAUUGAUGUCUUAGAGUGGUAGCGAUUGGAGCGGUUGGAUUAUCCAUGUAGAGAAUUACCUAUCGUUUGGUGUUUAAGAUCUUAAUUAAUUGGAAGAGGAAUGAUGGAGGCUAACAUUUGUGAUAUCAAUCACUUGGAUGCCGAUGUCCUUCUGCCUCCUCGGAAGCGCCUGCUUGCUGGAUUCAAAAAACAGGCUUCAAAUGCCAAUGGUUCUUCAGAUCAGCCUACAGUUGCUUCUUCUUCUUCAUCUCUUCCUUCACCGUCACUCUCACCUUCACCCUCACCUUCACCUUCUACUUCUUCAAGCGAUGUUAAUACCCAUCUUAAUAAUUUAUUGAGUUCUCAUAUCAAUAACCCAAAUCUUUCUCCGGAGGAGAUUUUGGCGGCCUCAAGAGUAGCAGCAAUUGCUGCUGCUAAGGCCGCAGAGGCUGCUAGAGCUGCUGCAGAGGAGAAGGCUGCAAUUGCAGCUAAAGCUGUCGCUGCAGCUAAGAGUGCUUUGGACUUGGUAGCAACUUUUUCUGAAGAAACAGUUAGUAAGGACAGAUACCUGAAAAAGAAUAAGCUCAAGAAGCAUGUUCCAGUUCAACUCUUAUACAAAAAACACCAACCAAUCGAGAAUAAUAGGACAGAUGAAGAGUUAGCCCAUAGACUGCACCGAGCAAUCAACAGUUCUCCAAGAAUCUCGAAGAAUUCACCAACUUCUGAAUGGAAAGGUCAUAAACAUAAAAGGCCCAAGAGCUUGCCAACUCUUGAGAAAACUAAGAUUUACAAUGGGGGUAUAGUAUUGGGAGGAAGCCAGUCUUCUACAUGCAAUGGAGAUACUGUAGCAGGCGAAAUUGAUUCUGAGGACUCCAUUCAGGAGUCAGUUAAAGCAGAAGCAAAGGGAACCAAAUAUGAAAAGUCUGGGCAAUCGGAGUUGGAUAAUGGUGAAGCAGAAUCAAAUCAGUCAAAGGAAAAGGCUUGUGAAGAUGUGUAUUCCCCUGGUAAAAGGAGGGGCAGAGUUAAGCUAAAGAAGUUGCCCUUAAGCAUUUGUUCCUUUAGGGAUCGAGUGAAUCCCAAGGAAGAGACGAUUACUAAGAGCUCUCCAUUGACGGAAAAGAACAUGGGUAAUCCGAGUGCUGCUGUUAAGCCCUUGUUUUCUCUGGAGCCCUCCACUGAUGGUGUUAUUUCUAUUGAAGGCACACCUAUUUGGAAAUGCCAGGAUUACAAGGCCCCUGCAUGUAUCAAACAAAACAAAGUCAUGCAAUCAUAAUGUUCAAAUUGCAGGUGGUUUCAAUGAUAGAAGUUAAUCUGAGGUAGGUUUCUUGAUUCUCUUUUUAUAGGAAUGACUUUACUUCAUUUAUCUUUUUGCUCAUCUCUGGUUUUGUAACGAAGUUGAAUUGACAGAAUGUAUAUUUGAAUGUUCAAUUGCUUGCCUCUACACUUUACUAAUAGUGCUUGCUGCAUAAAAUGAAGUUCAGAUAAAGAGGAAUGCAAUAAAUUUAGAUGGUUCCUUUUUAAUUUUUUGCUUAUUGAUCCUGCUUUCUGGGAUGAUGCUAGAUGUAUCAAAACUUUAAUGCCGUGGGUAUUGUUCUUAGCAGCUGAUUCAUUAUAGUUCUCCGUUAUCUAUUUCCUUU